AUGUUCCUAGAUUGCCCCCGCUUGUGGGUCCUGGUGGUCCUGAGCACCAGCUGGGCAGGAUGGGGGAGCCAAGAGGUUGAAGCAGCACAGCUCAGGCAGUUCUACGUGGCCGCUCAGGUCAUAAAUUGGAACUACCGACCUCAGCCCACAGACCCAAGCUUGACUACUUUUGCAACUUCCUUCAAGAAAAUUGUUUACAGAGAAUAUGAAGCAUAUUUUAAGAAAGAAAAACCACGAUCUAGCAUUUCAGGGCUUCUUGGGCCUACUUUAUAUGCUGAAGUUGGAGACACCAUGAAGGUUCACUUUAAGAAUAAGGCAGACAAGCCUUUAAGCAUCCAUCCUCAAGGAAUUAAGUACAGCAAAUUCUCAGAAGGUGCAUCUUACCAGGACCACACAUCCCCUGAGGAGAAGAUGGACGAUGCUGUAGCUCCAGGCCAAGAAUACACCUAUGAGUGGAAUAUCGUGGAGGACAGUGGACCCACACAUGACGACCCUCCGUGUCUCACACACAUCUAUUACUCCCAUGCUGAUCUGAUACAGGACUUUAACUCUGGGUUGGUUGGACCUCUGCUUAUCUGUAAGAAAGGCACCCUAACUGAGGAUGGGACUCAGAAGAUGUUUGAUAAUCAACAUGUGCUGAUGUUUGCUGUGUUUGAUGAAAGCAAGAGCUGGAUCCAAUCAUCAUCCCUCAUGUACACCGUCAAUGGCUAUGUGAAUGGGACACUACCAGACAUAACAGUUUGUGCCUAUGAUCACCUCAGCUGGCAUCUGAUUGGAAUGAGCUCUGGACCAGAACUGUUCUCUAUUCAUUUCAAUGGACAAGUCCUAGAGCAGAACCAUCACAAGGUCUCAGCCAUCGUUCUUGUCAGUGCCACAUCCGCUACUGCAAGCAUGACUGUGAGCCCCGAGGGAAGGUGGACCAUAUCGUCUCUCAUCCCAAAACAUUUUCAAGCUGGGAUGCAGGCUUACAUGGACAUUAAAACCUGCCCAAAGAAAACCAGGAGUACUAAGAAACCAACUCGGGACCAGAGGCGGCACAUUAAGAGAUGGGAAUACUUUGUUGCUGCAGAAGAAGUCAUUUGGGACUAUGCACCUAUAAUACCAGCGAAUAUGGACAAAAAAUACAAAUCUCUGCAUUUAGAUAAUUUCUCAAACCAAAUUGGAAAGCAAUAUAAAAAGGUGGUCUACAAACAGUAUCAAGAUGAGUCCUUCACCAAGCGCAUGGAGAAUUCUAAUAUACAAGAUGGGAUUUUGGGCCCUGUCAUCAGGGCCCAAGUCAGGGACACACUUAAAAUUGUGUUCAAAAAUAUGGCCAGCCGCCCCUAUAGCAUUUACCCUCAUGGCGUGACCUUCUCUCCUUAUGAUGAUGAAGCCAACACUUCUUCCACCUCAGGCAGUGGCUCCAUGAUCAGAGCAGUCCAACCAGGAGAAACCUAUACUUACAAAUGGAACAUCCUAGAGUCUGAUGAACCCACAGAAAAUGAUGCCCAGUGCUUAACAAGACCAUACUACAGUGAUGUGGACGUCACAAGGGACAUUGCCUCUGGACUGAUAGGGCUACUUCUAAUUUGUAAGAGCAGAUCCCUGGACAAGCGAGGCAUACAGAGGGCAGCGGACAUUGAGCAGCAGGCUGUGUUUGCUGUGUUUGAUGAGAACAAGAGCUGGUAUCUUGAGGACAACAUCAACAAGUUUUGUGAAAAUCCUGAUAAAGUAAAUCGUGAUGACCCUAAAUUUUAUGAAUCAAAUAUCAUGAGCACUAUCAAUGGCUUUGUGCCUGCAAGCAUCCGCACACUUGGAUUCUGUUUUGAUGAUACUGUUCAGUGGCACUUCUGCAGUGUGGGAACCCAGAAUGACAUUUUGACCAUUCAUUUUACUGGACAUUCAUUCAUCCAUGGAAAGAGGCAUGAGGAUACACUGGCCCUCUUCCCCAUGCGUGGGGAAUCUGUGACCGUUACAAUGGAUAAUGUUGGAACUUGGAUGUUAACUACCACGAGUUCUAGUCCAAGAAGCCAAAAUUUAAGGCUGCGAUUUAGGGAUGUUAAGUGUAUCCGGAAUGAUUAUGACUAUUCAUAUGAGAUUAUAUAUGGACCUCCUACGUCUACACCCAUGGACACUCGGAAAAUGCAUGAAGAUCAAAGUGAAGAGGAUAAUUACUAUGAUGAUUAUCAGGAACUUUUGGCAUUAUCAUUUGGAAUUAGGUCAUUCAGAAAUUUAUCACUGAGUCAAGAGGAAGAUGAGUUAAAUCUCACUGCCAUAGCUCUGGAGAACAGCUCUGAAUUCAUUCCCACAAGUGCAGAUACAGCUGUUAGUUCAAAUUCUUCUUCUCCAAGUAACAUUAGUUGGUCCACAGAUAAUGACCUCUCAGAAUCUCAAAAAACUCUUCCUCCCUCUAUGGCCACAACCACUGAGUCCCCCCUGGGGCACCCCACUGGCUUAAACAGGAACUCAGCUCUCAACCCUCCCUCAGCAAAACAUUCUAGCCCUUACUCUGAAGACUCUAUAGAGGAUCCUCUACAGUCAGAUGUUACAGGGGUAAGCUUACUGCCUUUUAGUGGGAAAAGAUUCAGGACUCUCCAGAAGGAAAUACCAGCACAUGAAACUGGAAGACAUUUAAGACAAGGCAAUAUAUCUCCUUCCAGAAUGGUGUCCUGGAAGGACCGUCCUCGUGAUCUGUUUCUCUUAAAACCAAAGAAUUCGUCUAAGAUUUUGAAUGGGAAAUGGCAUUCGGUUUCUGAGAAAGGCAGUUACAAAAUUAUCCAAGAAAUUGAUGAAGAUAUGACUGUUAAUAAACUGCUGAAGAGUCCCCAGAAUGACUCAAGGACUUGGCGAGACAGCACUCCCCUUAUAAAAAAGUAUGGAAAGCAGAGUGGCCACUCAAGGUUUGCUGGAGUUAGACAUAAUUCUGUACAAGUAAGACAAGAUAGAAAAAAUAAUGGAUUGAAGAAAUCCUCUUUUUACAUUAGAACACGAAAAAAGAGAAGGGGCCAGACACUUACAGACCAUGUGUCUAUGUCUCCUAGGGGCUUUCACCCCUUAAGAGGAAAGAACUAUACCACAUUUUCAGAUGGAAAACUUGAUGAUUCAUUGUUAGUCCAUAAUUCCAGUGAAGAAUCUCUUCUCACAGACCUCAACCAGACAUUGUCCUCUAUAAAUCUUGGCCUGAUAGCUUCACUUCCUGACUACAAUCAGAACCCCCAAAGCAAUGACACUGGUCAGACAAGCUACCCUUCAGAUCUUUAUCAGACAGAACUCCUAGAGGAACACUCUUAUAUCCAAGACGCUGAUCAAAUGCACUCUACUACUGAUCCCAGUCACAGAGCCUUUACUCCAGAGCUUGACCAGAUGGUCAACUAUGACCUAAGUCACAAGCCAUCCCCAGUAGACAGUGAGCAAAUGUUUCCUUCCUUGGAACCUGAAGUUAGGCCAACAAUCACCCCUCCAGAUAUCCAUCAACCAUCCCUCUUUCCAGAGCUCAGCCCGACUACCCUCUCUCCAGAUGAUUUCUAUUCAGAAGUUAGUCAGACAAUGCUUUCACACGACCUAAAUCAGGUGACUCUUUCUCCAGAAUUCAGUGAGACAAACUAUUCCCCAGAUGUCAGCCAGGUAACUGACUCUUCAGAGCUCAGUAAAGUAACCCUCACUUCAGAACUCAGCCAGGUGAUUCUCUCUCCAGAUGACUUCUCAUCAGAAUUCAGUCAGACAACCUUCUCUCCUGACCUCAGUCAGAUGACUCUUUCUCCAGAAUUCAGUCAGACAAACCUUCCCUCAGACCUCAACCAGGCAACCCUUUCUUCAGAACUCAGGCAGAUGACCCUUCCUCCAGACCCCAGGCAGACAUUGCCUCCUCCAGACCUUGAUCAGACAUCCUACGCUCCUGAAUCUAGCCAACCUUUUCCAGAAUUUAGUCCUACUCUCACUUCUCCAGACCCAAAUCAUAUGCCAUCUCCCCCACCAUCUCCUCCACCAAAUGACACUCUAAUACCAACGCAAUUUAAUCCACCAGUUGUAGUGGGCCUUUCUGGAGAUGAUGGAGAUUAUAUUGAGAUUAUUCCAAGGCAGGAAAUCCAAAACAGUGAAGAAGAUUCUGUUGAAAUGGAUUAUGUGUUUUAUGAUGAUCCCUACCAAACUGACAUCAGGACAGACAUCAACUCCUCCAGAAAUCCUGACAACAUUGCAGCAUGGUACCUACGUAGCAACAAUGGAAACAGAAAGACAUAUUACAUUGCUGCUGAAGAAAUAUCCUGGGAUUAUUCAAAAUUUGUACAAAGUGAAGUGGAUAGUGAAGAUGAGGAUGAAGCUCCUGAGGACACCAUAUACAAGAAAGUCGUUUUUCGAAAAUACGUUGACAGCACUUUUACCAUGCGUGAUCCUCAGGGGGAGUAUGAAGAGCACCUGGGGAUUCUUGGUCCUGUUAUCAGAGCUGAAGUGGGUGAUGUUAUCCAAGUUCGUUUUAAAAAUUUAGCAUCCAGACCAUAUUCUCUUCAUACUCAUGGACUUUCCUAUGAAAAGUCAUCAGAGGGAAAGACUUACGAUGAUGACUCACCUGAAUGGUUUCAGGAAGAUAAUGCUGUUCAGCCAAACAAUACUUAUACGUAUGUAUGGCAUGCCACUGAGAAAUCGGGGCCAGAAAAUCUUGGCUCGGUCUGUCGGGCAUGGGCCUACUACUCAGCCGUGAACCCGGAAAAGGAUAUCCAUUCAGGCUUGAUCGGUCCCCUGCUGAUCUGUAAAAAAGGAACACUUCACAAACAAAGCAACUUGCCUUUGGACAUGAGAGAAUUUGUCUUACUUUUUAUGAUCUUUGAUGAAAAGAAGAGCUGGUACUAUGAAACAAAGCCCAAAAGAUCUUGGAUACUCACAUCCUCAGAAGUAAAAAACGCCCAUGAGUUUCCUGCCAUUAAUGGACUGAUCUACAACUUGCCGGGCCUGAUGAUGUAUGAGCAAGAGUGGGUGAGGCUGCAUCUGCUGAACAUGGGCAGUUCUCGAGACAUUCAUGUGGUUCACUUUCAUGGCCAGACCUUACUGGAAAAGGGUACCCAACAGCACCAGUUAGGGGUCUGGCCACUUCUGCCUGGUUCAUUUAAAACUCUUGAAAUGAAGGCAUCAAAACCUGGCUGGUGGCUCCUAAACACAGAAGUUGGAGAAAAUCAGAGAGCAGGGAUGCAAACGCAGUUCCUCAUCAUAGACCAAGAAUGUAAGAUGCCAAUGGGACUAAGCACUGGUAUUAUAUCUGAUCCACAGAUCAAGGCUUCUGAGCAUAUAGGUCAUUGGGAGCCUAAAUUAGCAAGAUUAAACAACGGCGGAUCGUAUAAUGCAUGGAGCAUAGAAAAACUUUCAAGAGAACUUGGCUCUAACCCCUGGAUCCAGGUGGACUUACAAAGGAAAGUCAUAUUGACAGGGAUCCAGACCCAAGGUGCCAAACACUACCUGAAGCCCUACUAUACUAUGGAGUUCUAUGUGGCUUACAGUUCUGACCUUACAAGCUGGCAGAUCUUCAAAGGGAACAGCAUCAAAAACAUAAUGUAUUUUGAUGGCAAUUCAGAUGCCUCUACAAUAAAAGAUAACCUGUUUGACCCACCUAUUGUGGCUAGAUAUAUUAGGAUCUCACCAACUAGAUCCUAUAACAGACCUACCCUCCGAAUGGAGCUGCAAGGUUGUGAGGUUAAUGGGUGCUCCACACCACUGGGUAUGGAAAGUGGGAAGAUAGAAAACAAACAAAUCACAGCUUCCUCGUUUAAAAAAUCUUGGUGGGGAGAUUACUGGGAACCCUCUUAUGCCCGGCUCAAUGCCCAGGGCCGUGUGAACGCCUGGCAAGCCAAGGCAAACAACAUGAAGCAGUGGCUACAGAUUGAUCUGCUGAAAAUCAAGAAGAUAACUGCAAUUGUGACACAAGGCUGCAAGUCUCUGUCCUCUGAAAUGUAUGUGAAGAGUUAUGCCAUCCACUACAGCGACCAUGGAGUGGAAUGGAAACCUUACAGGGAGGAAUUCGUCAUGGUGGACAAGAUAUUCAAAGGAAAUAAUAAUACCAAAGGACAAGCAAAGAACUUUUUCAAUCCACCAAUCAUUUCCAGAUUUAUUCGCAUCAUUCCUAAAACAUGGAAUCAAAGUAUUGCCCUUCGCCUGGAGCUCUUUGGCUGUGAUUUUUACUAG